UGUUAUCCGACUCAAAUCUAUAAUCGUCGCGUUUCGUGAUAAUGUCAGAUGUGCACAAAACAAAUAAAAAUAUGUCUGAAAAUGUGAGUUUCAUGAGGACGACAACAGACCGAGUGAGCAGUGAUAAAAAUAAAAGUGUGUCUAAGAAUGAUGCUGAUAAGAGGAACACUUAUGAGACCGCUAUUAAAGUAAAGAGUGUUAUUCCCAGGAAAAGACAGGAUCUACUGAAAUGGUACGGAUGGGGCUACAAGGACUCCAAGUUUCAGCUGAUCGACGACGUGGCCACGUUCACGGGGAAUCGAUACCUCAUCGGCGGCAAAACCCUCCCCCACUUCGUGUCAUGGGUGAAGGAGAAAUUCGAUGUGGACAUAUCGAAACCACCCAAAAUACCUGCCGUGCCCACUGCGUACCCCGUGAGCCGGUUGCCAGCUGCGAUACGGGAGGAACUGGAGGCGAUAGCCCUGGUCAGCGUCGAGGGUCUGGACAGACUGAUGCGGGCCCAUGGGCAGACGCUCAAUGACAUGACCAAGUUGAGAUCCAACUCGUUCAAGAGGAUACCUGAUGCUGUGAUAUGGCCGCAGAACCAUGAACAGGUGGUGCAAAUAGUGCAGUGCGCGAAUCAGCACAAGUUCGUUCUGAUCCCGUACGGGGGCGGCACCUCCGUGUCGGGCUCCGUCACGUGCCCGGAGCACGAGGCGCGACCGAUAGUGGCCCUCGACACCAGCGACAUGAAUUCGAUCCUCUGGCUGGACAGAGAGCAGCUGCUGGCCAGAGUGCAGGCGGGCAUAGUGGGCCAGGAUCUAGAGAGAGAGAUGCGCGCGCGCGGCUACACGGUGGGGCACGAGCCGGACUCGUACGAGUUCUCCACCCUCGGCGGCUGGGUGGCCACCAGGGCGAGCGGCAUGAAGAAGAACACGUACGGCAACAUCGAGGAUCUCAUCGUGCAGACUAAGAUGGUGACGCCGAGCGGCGUGCUGGAGAAGAGCUGCUGCGUGCCGCGCAUCUCGUGCGGGCCCGAGUGGGAGCACGUGGUGCUCGGCUCCGAGGGGUGCCUCGGCGUGGUCACUGAGGUGACGUUAAAAAUCCGCCCCCUCCCCCCGGUGGUGCGUUACGGCUCCCUCGUGUUCCCCGGCUGGGAGGAGGGCUUCCACUUCGAGCGGGAAGUCGCGAGGAGGCGCCUCCAACCGUCCAGCAUACGGCUCAUGGAUAAUGAACAGUUCCGAUUCGGGCACGCGUUGAAAACCGAGCAAUCCUGGGGCGGAGUGCUGCUCGAGGGUCUGAAGAAGCUGUACAUCACCAAGAUCAAGGGCUUCGACCCCCUGAAGCUCUGCGUGGUGACGCUGCUGCUGGAGGGGGCCGCCGAGGAGGUGGCCGAGCGGGAGGCGGCGCUGAACAGCAUAGCGGCGAAGUGGGGGGGCAUCCCGGGGGGUGCGAAGAACGGCGAGAUCGGGUACACGUUCACUUUUGUGAUCGCGUACAUUCGGGACCUGGCGCUCGAGUACGACAUAGUGGCGGAGUCGUUCGAGACGUCCGUCCCGUGGGAGCGCGCGCUCGCGCUCUGCGCGGCGACCAAGCGCCGCGUCGCGCUCGAGUGCCGCCGCCGCGGCGUCGCGCGCUACCUCGUCUCGUGCCGCCUCACGCAGACGUACGACGCCGGGUGCUGCAUAUACUUCUACUUCGGGUUCCGCAGCGCCGGCUGCGCGGACCCGCUGCGCACCUACGAGGAGAUUGAGGACGCCGCCAGGGACGAGAUCGUCGCCAACGGGGGCUCGAUAUCCCACCACCACGGCGUGGGCAAGCUGCGGCGGCGCUGGUACGAGCCCACCGUCAGCGAGCCCGGGGCGCGGCUGCUGAAAGCGGCUAAGCGUGAGCUGGACCCGAAUAACGUGUUCGCGCUUGGCAAUAUGGCCCUAGGAGUACCGAGCAAACUGUAGGGUGUCCCACCUUAAACAAUCCAUGAUUAUCGCUAUUUUUAACUAUAUAUUGAGUUCCUUAAUUUGAAAUUAAAACCACCAUCAGCCCAUAUAUGUUCCCACUGCUGGGACACAGGCGUCCUAUGAGGGUACAGGCCAUUAUCC